GUUAGUUCGUGUAAAAUUGGAUGUUUGACGUCAUGUGCACUUCAUUUCCCAGAAUGCAAAGUGAAAUAGGAAAGGCACAUUGACCAAUACGGCUUUAUGCUUUUCCAACACAAGAUGGCACUACAGGUUUCACACAAAAGUCGAUGGUGUUCGCACAGUCGAAACUUUACUUUGUGAUAUGAAGUGCUUCGGCUGGAGCAGCCCAGGCAUGAGUGGCACGCACCUGGACGAAUGGCAGAGGAGGUCCUUUGACAUUUCAUCUGGCAAUUGUACACCUGAACAGACGGCCGAUGCCUACCGGGCCCACAUCCUCUCCAUUCAGUAUGCAUGGGCAAGUUCCAACCUCUCUGAGGCCGCCAUGGGUAUCCUGCUCAGGACCAACUCGGAGCGCUAUGCUGCAGUGCUGGACUCAGAUGAACCCCGCACGGGGCUUAACAACUAUGCAGAGAGCGCGCUUCAUCUGGCCCGUAAUCAGAAGAAUCACAGCGUCAAAUGGGAGUCGUCCCUCACCUUGGAGCACAUGCUCGACUUGCCCUGCGUGCAGAAGAUGAUUCAAGCAAGUGCAGGGGGAGAAAACUCCCUUGUGGCACCAGCAGAUGUUAACAUAUCUGUUGGACAAGAGAGCAGCAACAUCAGCAGCUCCUUGUCUGCUUCCACCGCUGCAGGCAGGUCAGAGGGCACAACCUAUAGACUUGAUUUUCCACCACAGGCCAAAAUAGAGGUUAAUAGCCUAGCCACUGUUUCUGUAGAUCGACCAAAAACCUCUGAGUGCCUUUCAGAUAAUAUCUACUCAUAUUCCCGUCCAAACGCCAGAGUACAGUCGGUGUUUAGUCAUCCCUCAUCAGUUCCUCCUGAGAGCAACACACGCCCUGUAGGCAGCAACCAUCAACCCAGCUUCUUUCCUACCUCCAAUCCAUCGAAGCGGAAGAAUUUUUACAAUCCAGAUGCAAGUGAAGGCAGGGGGCCACAAGCAGGGGGCGACAUAAGACCCCCAUGUAACUUCAAAUCAGCCCGUGAGCAGCUAAUUGUUGAUCAAAAGAAAAAUUUCCAUCAGCCCCAAAGAGGUGCCAGUUCUGCCGCGGCAGCAACUGUGAAGAAAUCCCUGGGAGCUAACAGGCCUCGAAAUGCUUUUCCUAAAUUUGUGUCGCCUAUGCCGCGGCAGGACGAAGAGGAGGGUGCGCCAAGACCAAACUCCAACAAUGAACAUCUGAAAAACUUUGAGCCAAAGAUAGUGGAGUUGAUCAUGAGUGAGAUCAUGGACCACGGACCCCCUGUGGUGUGGGAGGACAUAGCAGGCCUGGAGUUUGCUAAGACCGCCAUAAAGGAGAUUGUUGUUUGGCCAAUGUUGAGACCUGACAUCUUUACAAGCCUCCGGGGUCCACCUAAGGGAAUCUUGCUGUUUGGACCUCCUGGGACUGGCAAGACGUUAAUAGGCAAAUGUAUUGCUUGCCAGUCAGGUGCCACAUUCUUCAGCAUCAGCGCGUCAUCGCUCACAUCCAAAUGGAUGGGUGAGAGUGAAAAAAUGGUGCGGGCCUUAUUUGCCAUCGCCCGCUGUCACCAACCUGCUGUCAUUUUCGUCGAUGAAAUUGACUCGUUGCUGUCUCAGCGCACUGACGGCGAGCACGACUCCUCACGCAGAAUCAAGACGGAGUUUCUGGUUCAGCUGGAUGGUGCCGCCACGGCUGCAGAGGACCGCAUCCUGGUAGUGGGGGCCACCAACCGACCUCAGGAAAUAGACGAGGCUGCCCGUCGUCGCUUCGCUAAGAGGUUGUACAUUCCCCUUCCCGAAGGUGCCGCCCGGCAGCUGAUCGUAACCAACCUCCUGUCUCGAGAAAAGAACCAGCUGAGAGCGGAGGAUCUGGAGUGCAUUGUAGCAAACACAGACGGCUUCUCCGGGGCAGACAUGACACAACUGUGUAGGGAGGCGGCCUUAGGACCCAUUCGCAGCAUCCAGCUAGGCGACAUUGCCACCAUCACGCCGGCUCAGGUACGGCCAAUCCUCUACAGCGACUUCCAAAAUGCUCUGAAGACGGUGCGACCCAGCGUCUCAUCUAAGGACCUGGAGUUGUAUGAGGAGUGGAAUAAGACAUUUGGAAGUGGUCGAUAACGGCCUUAAUUUAAGAAAAUACACCUUUAUUUAACACAAGUGGCUUGGAAUUUACAUCGCUUCAUAAAUAAUUGCCAUCCUCGCUGACAGUUGGAUAAAUAUUCUUUCUCUGGCAACUGAGCACACGUUGAUGUUUAAGUUUAGUUUUUUUGUUUCUGAAAUACUAAUAGGAUGUACACAAAUGUUCCAAUGUAAGACUUGUUAUUUAAAGUUUGUGUUGCAGUGUUUUCUAAAAUGAAAUCAAAUAAAACGCACACGGCACUGUAAGCCUAUACUUUUUUAAGCAAUGCAUAUAGAAUAAACCACUGUAUUGUGUCAAAUA